AUUGCUGACACAUUUACUGUGGUCUUUCCAGUUGACCUUGUGACUGCCCGGGGCGACCACGUGGGUAGCGGAACCAGUGGUGAAGCGGUUCCCUGGCCAGAUUCCGGAAACAGGUGGUGCUGACACCCCGUCCGAGGGCGCGGCGGGCAGGCUGACCGUGAGGCGGUUGGAGGUGUCAGGUCUGAGGCUGUCGCUACGAAACCGUUUUCUGCAGAAAGAGAUUAUACCAUGGAGGGCGGAGGGCGAGGCGAGGUGGCCAGCAGGGAGAGGCUUGCAGUGCUGGAGCCAGGCGGCAGCCUGGAGUCCUGGUGAAAACUACAACUCCCAGAAGUCCCGGGCCCUAAGGGGCCGGACCCACGGCGUGUGGGCGGGGCCUUCAGAGCGAGCCCGGCAAUUCUCCCCCGAGGAUCUGCUCCAGAAGUGGCGGGAGCUGCCGUUAUGGAAGCGCCGGAGGAGAAAGAGGCGCAGGUUGCUGCGUGGUUGAAAAAGAUAUUUGGAGAUCAUCCUAUUCCACAAUAUGAGGUCAAUGCCCGGACCACAGAGAUUUUACAUCACCUUUCAGAACGCAACAGGGUCCGGGACAGGGAUGGCCACCUGGUAAUAGAGGACUUGAAGCAGAAAGCAAGUGAAUAUGAAUCAGAAGCCAAGCAUCUUCAAGACCUUCUCAUGGAGAGUGUGAAUUUUUCCCCUGCCAAUCUCUCCAGCACUGGUUCUAGGUAUCUGAAUGCUUUGGUUGACAGUGCAGUGGCCCUUGAAAUAAAGGAUACCUCAGUAACCAGUUUUCUCUCUGCAGUGAAUGAUUUGACCUCUGAUCUUUUUCGUGCCAAAUCCAAAAAUGAAGAACUCAAGCUUGAAUUGGCAAAACUUGAAAAAAAAUUAACUGCAAGUUUAGUAUUAGAAAAAUGUCUACGAGACGAUCUCAAGAAGGCAGAGUUGCAGCUGUCUACGGAAAGGGCCAAAGUUAACAGUCGCCUUCAGAACAUGGACUUCCUAAAAGCAAAGUCAGAAGAAUCCAGAUUUGGAAUCAGAGCUUUAGAGGAGAAACUUUCAGCCCGAGGCAUGGAGGCUUCUCUGUCUCAUCAAUCACUAGUAGAACUUUCAGAGAAACUGGCAGAACUAAAACAACAGACUAUACCUUUGAAGAAAAAAUUGGAGUCCUAUUUAGAUUUAAUGCCGGAUCCAUCUCUUGCUCAGGUGAAAAUUGAAGAAGCAAAGCGAGAAUUAGAUACCAUUGAAGCUGAACUCACAAAGAAAGUAGACAUGAUGGAAUUGUGACCAGGGCCAAAUAAACUUUGUGCUCCCGAACAAAGUAAAUUAAAUAGGACUUUAAUCUUAAGAUUAAAAACACCUUAAGAGUAAUAAAAUAUAUAGGGGGAAUAAAUGAUGAUGGGAAAAAUAAAAUGAAAAACAUAUAUUUAAAAAGACUUUGUUUCCUCUUGGUGUUCCUUGAUAACUUAAUGUCUGUGUUCUUAGCUGAGAUAAUGUCACUAUUGAUGGGAUAGUGGUUUCUGCUAUGUAUUGCAUUUUUGUGCCCAAAUACAUAGUUCUCAUAAUAAAAAUGUUGGUUUUCUAUAUUA